AAAUCCCUUACAAGCUUGACCACAAUCCUGCCCAUGUCCAACACAAAGCGAGUGGUUCUCGUCACUGGGUGUUCCGAAGGAGGCAUUGGCUACGCGUUAUGCGAGCGUUUUGCAGCGGAGGGGUGCCGAGUGUACGCGACUGCGCGACGCCAAGAUGCCAUGGCAGGAUUGGAUCAGCAUCCCCUUAUUUCAACGCAUACUCUGGACAUUGGAAUAGAGGAGGACGUGCGACGAGUCGUAGAUCAGGUGGUUGAGGAGCAAGGGCAAAUCGACAUCGUGGUCAAUAACGCUGGGGUAAUGGGAAUCGGUCCACUUAUCGAGCAACCUAUCGACUACGUCAAGAACGUGUUCGAUACCAAUGUCUAUGGCGCAUUACGCGUCUCUCAGGCCGCGUUUCCUCACAUGGCGGACCGUAAAAGUGGUCUCAUCAUUAACAUCGGGUCUGUCGUGGGCGACAUUCCAGUACCGUGGAACGGGUUGUAUUCCGCCUCCAAGGCUGCGUUGCAUUCUAUGUCCGAAAUCCUCAUGAUGGAACUUCGUCCAUUCAACAUCCAAGUGAUGAACAUAACACCUGCCGCGGUGCGCUCAAACAUCUCCAAGAACCAAAGAUCUAUUUUUCGGUUGCCCGAGUCUUCCUACUUCACCGCCUAUCUGCCGAGUAUCCUGAGGCGGAUGAACUCGAGUCAGAGCCCUGACGCCAUGCCCGAGGACACAUUCGCUCGAAAAGUGGUAUCCGCUGCACUGAAAAGUCAGCCUCCGACACACUUGACUUUGGGAGGAGGUGCAUUCACCUUCCAAGUCUUGCGCUGGCUUCCAAGGUCCUUGGUGUUCUGGAUUUUGUGGAGACGAUUUUCCAAGACCACGUAGUCAUAUCAUGAGUCGUUUCUUGUUUCCGCGGAUGUCGAUCUUGUCUUGGACCUAAAACACUGAUUAUCUCGGCUUAGACCUGAGCACGAUUUAGAAUCUAAUCGGCUAUCAUCACCCCUGGAACGCUGAUCUCCAUCGCUUUCUAACCCGAAAAUGAAGCGCAUCCACUUGCGUUCUAUCGACCUGCACCCGACACCAUCUGACGUCAAAUUACACCGCCUGCCUCAUGCUCUUAGUCUGAGCUGAUACCUACUCGGGCGCGACGAGGAUCUGUAAAUGAGUGUCAAUUGUUCCAAGAUAACUACCUCAGGUAUUUAUCUGGAGACGACUGCCUUGCACUCUCUUGUACCACCAUCCCAUCCACAUGUCUGACCCCAAAGUCGUUCUUAUCACUGGCUGCUCACUCGGAGGUAUUGGCAGUGCCUUGGUUGAACGAUAUGCCGCCGAGGGAUGCCGAGUCUAUGCGACUGCUCGACGCAAGGAAGCUAUGAACGGACUGGAUGCCAACCCUCUCGUCUCGCUGCACACGCUGGAUAUUCUCAGCGACGAUGAUGUACGCAGAGUCGUCGACCAAGUUGUUGCUGAGCAGGGCAAGAUCGAUAUCGUGGUGAACAAUGCUGGCGUUCUGGGAAUCGGUCAGUUCGUUGAACAGCCUAUCACGAACACCAAACAUGUGUUUGACACCAACGUCUACGGCGCCCUGCGUGUUGCCCAGGCGGCAUUCCCCCACAUGGCGGCCAAGAGAAGCGGGCUCAUUGUCAACAUCGGAUCUGUCGUCGGUUACAUUCCCACGCCCUGGAACGGCCUCUACUCGGCUAGCAAAUCGGCCAUGCAUGCCAUGUCCGAGAUCCUCAUGAUGGAAUUGCGUCCUUUCAACAUCAAGGUCUUGAAUGUCACGCCGGGAGGGAUCAAAUCCAACAUCUCCGACAAUCAAGCCCAAGUCUUCUCCCUGCCCGACACGUCACGAUAUUACAGCUAUCUUCCAAGCAUGAUUCGACGGAUGAACGCGAGCCAGAGUGCCAACACCAUGCCAGCAGAUGUUUUCGCCCGCCGCGUGGUGGCUGCCUCACUCAAGAAGACCCCUCCGACACACUUCAUGUUGGGGCACGGAGAGUGGUUAUUCUCUUUCUUCCGCUGGUUGCCGCGCUCUAUUGUUUUGUGGUUCUUGUGGAGAGUAUAUUCAAAAACAGAGUAGACGAGCUUGUGUACGUGGGAGGUCAGAAUGAAGUUAUAGUAAAGAUCACGUGGACGCGUCUGAUGCAUUGAAUGUCAUCCUCAUCUCCUUCCGCACAACCAUCCUUGCCCUCGUACUAGAUGUCCAAAUACCCGGACUAUCUCUCACCCAAUGUUACUCCGACUAAGCUUGGCAAAUCUCAGAAGUCGCGUGCCCGGCGGGAACCCUCGGGCGUGUUCUCUUUGUUUCAGGCGCCGCAGAUCCAGCAGUUCAAGGAAGCGUUCCAGCUGAUCGACCACGACAAGGAUGGAUGGGUGGGAGAAAAAGACUUGAAGGAGAUUUUCGCCAGCUUGGGCAUAUCACCCUCCGCCUCGACCCUCGACGCUCUCUUGCAGUCUAGGCCGGGCGACUCUUCGGUCUCCGACUCUGACCGUGGAAUCAACUUCACGAUGUUCUUGACGAUGAUGUCGGAACGGCUGUUCGAGUUCGACACGGAAGCUGAAUUGUUGACGGCGUUUGAGAGUUUCGACGAAGCGGACAGCGGCACGGUCAAGGUUGACGAAAUGCGGAAGUGGCUGAGCGAGAUCGGCGAACGCAUGAACGAACGUGAGAUCGACAAGCUGUUGAAGGGGCCUUUCACCGACAGGCAAGGGAACUUCAACUAUCGGGAGUGGGUCAAGGUGUUGAGAGUGAACGAAGACGAGCCAGAUCCAACCGGGUACUAGGCCUGACUCACGUCGGACUGACUCAAAACUUGUGUAUUCUUACGACUUUGGCGAUUCUUUGCGCCCCCAUCAUGACGUCUCUAUAUUUAUUGCUGGUCUCAGGCGUUUCCUUGGAACGUUCCCGUGAUCGUGAACUGUCUCACUUCUGAAGAUUGGCUUAAGAUCAAGUCGAAAGCACAUCUGUGACUCCUAUAGCUAAUCGACUGCAACGGCUGUUCAAUAAGGAACCACAGGCGUAAAUUCCAAGGCUCUGGCCUACUGUACUCCUCCAAAUCUGACAUAGUGCGC